AUGACCACCUCCGAUGGAUGGACAACUUUAUCUUUACAUGAUGUUGACCACCAAACUGAUGCUCUCCUUGGACCCAUGACACAAGAUAUUUAUGCCUUGGAAACCUCCCGAAACGAACUCAGUGUGCCUCGCCCGGUCGUCAGUGCGCUCAAUCUAGCCAGAGCUAUAAUGGGACAGUGUAUGGUGAAACGGCAGGCACGCGGGAAGGGUCUCGUUAGGGCCCUAGUGAAGCCUGAUGUUCGUGAUAACGCCCUGUUCUGUGCAGAUGCAAUCACCAGAGUCCAGAAAUUUGACAGCCUUAUGGAUACGAUACACUUGCCACUGUUCGAACGGGCUUUGUCCGUGAUAGCAUGUAUUCAUGCUGAGGUAGACUCAUUAGUCCAGCUGUCCUUACCUGUCCAGUCAAUGCUAAUAAAGAAAGAGACGAGAGAUCUUGAUUCUCGCUUCACAAAGAAUCCAGAAGUGCCGAACGCUCUUGUAUUCACCUAUUCUGGCGGAGUCGGUAUGACUAUCCUUCUACCCCUCAAGUCAGGGCCCCUUUGUUACCUUUUUCAUGCGGCCCACAAUGGGGAAUACACCUGUGCGAUCUCGAACAACGCUCUUGUACAACUGGUGUGGUUCGAGCAGUUCCGCAGAGGAUCCAGACGCGAUGCAGGCACCCCGUUUCUUGCGUACAUACUGCAGCACAAGGUAUGCUCUCGAGGGGAUUUCCGCACAAAAGACGCCGACGCGGAAACCCAGAGACUCCUGGAUAUCAGUUUAGACAUCUUGGACUCAGAGAAGGAGUUGGAGAAGUGGCGGCCUGUGCACGAAGGAUAUUGUCGGUUGGAUCAGCCGGAAUGUCAGCAGUGUCGGCGGAUUUUUUUGCGGUUGCCGCCUCUACCAAAUCGAAAUCGACCUCUUCCGGAGGUUCCAAGUAGUGCUUCGUGUUCCAGUGGUACUGGAGAGACGUGCGUGAGAACUCCCGCGCCUAAGCGAGAAAAUUCGGUGUCUGUUGAUCGAGUUAGCCAGGAGAAGAUGGCGUGGGUGAAAUCGUGGAGAAAGAAGACUUUUCAGAUUUUGAAGUCUGCUGCAGAGAGAGAAGGCUAUUGGCACGAACUUGAUCCGGGGAGCGAUUCGGAUUGA